AUGGAAGAGAAGAAAAAAAUAUUUCCGCGUACCCGCUCAGAGGCUUCUAACUCCAGGGACCCUACUUCCACAGCGUCGGCAAUAGGCUAUGGAAAGUCGAAUGCGACCGUUCCACAGACUAGUCAGGCGACCACACCAGGUCAGGCUAGUUUGCGAGCUACCGGCAUCGCAGGAGGUCAGUCUGGCACAUCCAGGAUGGAUGAAUAUAAUUCAGUACUUUUCUUAGUUGCUCAACAAGUGGCGAGGACUUCUCUACAAGUACCUCCGAAGUUACUACAGCCCAAAACGCCAUGGCGAUUAAAAACCCUGCUUUGGGUAUUGAUGAAAUAUUGUCUGUAUCAACAGCAACAGCAUCUGCGGCCUGGUUCAACAUCGUAUUCAUUCAUAACGGUUUUAGGUGUCAUGUCAAUGUUGCUGCUGUUGUUACCCAUACGUUGCGUCGAUGCCGUCGGUUAUUCGUAUACACGUUUUGUUGGACCCGUUGCUGGUCCCGAACAUAAAAUCUAUGUAAACGAUGCCAACGUUGCCGCAGAUGGCAAAACUCAUCAUCAUGCCAUUGGUGGUGGUGUACCACGUCUAGAUUAUGUUGCUAAAGCGGAAUACAAUUUUGCGUAUGGUGUGGAAGAUGCUGACGCUCACAUUUUGCACAAUCGUAAUGAAAUGCGUGAUGGUGAUGCUGUUAAGGGGGUUUAUAGCCUAAUUGACCCUGAUGGUGCAUUGCGUGUGGUCAAAUAUACAGCCGAUGAUAUUAAUGGUUUUCAAGCCGAAGUCAUACGUAAUGGAGUCUCAUCAUUACAUGGUCAAUUGCAACAUGAUUACAAACGAGCACCACCUUCAGAGAUCAUCAACAACGGCAACAACUAUUACAAGCCAGAUCGCGAACAAUAUCAUUAUCCACAAUCUCAAACGCAUUUGAAAGCAGACACCAGCCACAAAUAUUAUCCAUCAUCUAAUAUUUAUGCACCAAAUUUGGACCAACUGCCGCAAAUAAAUCAUGAGCAAUAUAAUCCGCAUAAACAUUAUCAACCACCUCCACAGCCACCCAUUAUUUAUCAUUUCAACAAUAACAACGACGAUGGAAAUAAUGAUGAUAGUGACAGUGAUUAUCGUGAUGAACCGAAACCACAAUAUGAAGUGCAUGAAAAACCCAACAAUUAUUAUAAUGAUAAACAAGAAGAAGAUGAAGAUGAGGAGGAGGAUGAUGACGACGAUGAUGACUACGAUGACGAGGAUGAGUCGGAGGAAUUGGAGGAGUAUGAUGAAGCAGUUCAUAAAGCUCACAAUAGUAACGAAAGUGAUGAAUAUUAUUAA